UUCUGCGCUGGUUCACUUUCAUGUUUUGCAGAUUGUUUCGAAGUUAGAUAACGUAUCAAAUAGUUUGAAAUUCUCAUAUUCUGGAACUAUAUUAACCGAAUAAUCAUUUCGUGGACGUCCUGAUUGUGCAGUAGACCGGCCAGUUACGACAACAACGAAACAAUGAAUCUUGUUUGGCUGGCUGUUCUGCGCACGGCUGAAAACACUGCACGCAUUGCUCGGCCUAGCCUGUCGGCACCAGCCGCUUGGAAGCAGUCUGCUGCGAUCGCGCGCAUAAGCUCCUGGGAGCACACAGCUCCAGGACUUAGCCGCGCAUCGCACAUUCAUACAUUUACUGCCGACAUGAAUUGGUCGGCGAAACUGCAACGCCUACUGGAGAAUUUCGACAUCACGCGAAUCAGUUUCUAUCAUGAAAAGUGCAAGCUGUUUUUCGUCGGCGACCAGCACAUGGGUUUCAUUCGGCCGAAUGAUUGGAUACAUCUUGCCCCUUACAAGGACGCGUUUCAGUACGACAUCAAAACGAACCGGGUUUUCUUGAAUCCGAGCUGGAAGACGUACGAGGAGCGCAGCACGAAGGCUGCCGAAGUUUUACAAGAUUUACGAAAGAAGAAAAUAUUCAAAACACUGAACGGGUGGAGGAACGAGUGCUACGAAGUCAGUGCCAGGUUCGGAGACAAACCUGGAAUGAAGAUGGAAAGAUCUGCAACAUGCCUAUUCGGUCUGAAGCGAUAUGGAGUACACAUAAAUGGAUACGUGAAGCGGCCCGACGGCUCUAUGAGCGUGUGGUUUCAGCGGAGAUCGGCAACGAAGGAAACCUUUCCAAACAAGAUCGACAACAUGGUGACCGGUGGUUUUUGUGUCGGCUAUACUCUAACUGAGUGUGUCCGAAAAGAAGCCCAAGAGGAGGCGUCGUUGCCAGAUCAUCUGCUCAGUGCAAUCCGGCCAGCUGGGAAUGUGUCGUUCGUGUACGAGGAUGAUCGGGGCAUAUUUCCGGAAACAAUCUUUGUCUUUGACCUGGAGCUUCCUGCAGACUUCGAGCCUCACUGCUCGGACAACGAAGUGGACAACUUCUACUUAAUGGCAAUUCCAGAGGUAAAAAACCUCGUUUUAUCCGAGGAGUUCAAGAUUACAAGUUGCCCCAUCUUGCUGGACUUUUUGGUGAGGCACCACUUCUUGUCACCAGAUGACGAGCCCAACUACUGUCAGCUCAUGGACACCGUGCACAUGCCACUGCACAACUUCUAUCCAUCUGCAAUGGUGCCCACCGGCGAGACCAAGCAUCGCUUCCAUAACAACUCAUCUGCAAUAUAACUUAUUCGUAAAAUGGUUCCUAAGUUAAAGGGAGAGUCCUAUGUACAUAUAUUUAUGCAUACAUGUGCAUACACACUUAUUUAUGUAUACAUUACAUCCAUACGCACGGCUUGUGGUGAUGGAAAGAGGUGUUUAAGGGCAAGCUGGCCAACUGCAGCUUUCAGAGAUAGAUUUGCACUUCUGUUGCACUGGCCUAUGUAAUCUCCACCUUAGGUGAAGUGAGUCUUCUGAAAGGCUCAAAUCAAAGGAUAGUGUAAAAACUGCAAACCUGCAAGUCUGAUGUACUCCAGUUGUUUGCACCAGAAGGAAACUCUGACGCAUAAAAUUAUCUUUAGAUAUAGUCAUUUGACAUGGACAUGAGAGGCAGGCACAUUUUUGAAAGAAAGCUUCUCUAGCCUGUUAGUACUACUCGCCAAUGUGAUGUGAUGAACGAAAGCACAUGACAGUUUCAGCAGCAUCUCUGGCAUUCCAAUUGCUCGUGCAUUUGUUGGGGUCUGAUCCGAGUGCAUUGCAUACGUGUGUAAAUUGUUGCCUUGCAGACACACGCUGAUGCUGUAGGACAAACAAGGGGAAGGCAUGUGAUUAGUGCAAGAACAAUGUAGCAAUGGCUUAUAUUCGUAUGAUGGCUACUAUCAAUGCUUGAGGAUAGAUGUAUGGAUGUGAGAAGAGAAACAAGUGACAAAAGUACAAGGGGGAAAAAAAUGAAAGAAGGUAGAGGAACACAUGAACAGUGCGAAUGCCAGUAACUGUUCAAAAUCAAUAGCAAUAUGUACAUUGUUUUCCAUGUAGUUUUGUCCCACAAUGUCUUAAUGAGUCUGUCUGGUAAAGUAAUCCAUGCUAUGCUAACGUAGUUAACUGCAAAUUUGGAGAUUGAUAUCUCAGAACUGGUGCUAGUCUCAAGGUGCCUAACAACAGGACAAGCCUUGACCACUCACUGGCAUCAGUUCUGCAAAUGCUAUAUGCGUGCUAACUAAAAGUUAAUUACUAACUUACUGGCAAUUACUGAAAUUAUCGUGAAAUUAUCAGGACUUCUAUGUUUCAAAAAGCAAUUUCACUGCUGAGCUCGAGGUCGUGGGUUCGAUGCUGGCCGCGGCAGCUGUAUUUCGAUGGGGGCGAAAUGCAGAAAUGGCAGUCUGCUUGGAAUUAAGUGCCCGUUAAAAAGCCCCAGGUGGUCAAAAUUAAUCCAAAGUCUCUCACUACAGGUUGCCUCGUAAUCAGAUCAUCGUUCUGCCCUCUAAAAUCCCAGAAUUCAAUUUUUCUUUUUUUAAACAAGCAGCAAUGCUGUUACAGAUCAGCUGGAGUGUUCAGAGAUGAAGCUGAUUCAUGAAAAAGAAAUAUGCUAGGUUUGGGACUAACGGAAGCCUUUGCUUAUAAAGGAGCAUUGUCAUCACAUGUAUGCAGCUAGCACUAUCACAGUUGGCCUGCUAGCACUGAGCACCACCUGGCUGCUGUCUGGCGUCUUCUUCCUGGUGCCCUACCGGGAAACUAAUGCAGUUCUUGCUAGCUCCACAAGCUGUAAAGUGUUUCAUAAGAUGCCACUUCUAUACUGGGGCUGUUGGUAUUGGUUAUCGGGACAGUCACUUAUUUAUUAUGAGAAAUAAUAUAGUACUUCUUUAUUUUGAGGGUGUCAAAACUGUUUUCCUUUUAGCCAAAGUGUUUUAUUGCCUAUGAAAACUGGCUUAUCACUCUAUUUCAUUGUAAUGGAAGUAAAACACACUCUGUAAGGGGGGUAAUGUGCAGAAGCACUAGAUCUGCAACUUGUAGAUGCCACCAUUAAUUGAACUCAGGUGCCACUACUACAUUUUAAAAUGCCUAGAUGCUUAGCACUAUGCUGAAAACUGCUUAUGUAAGCUGAUCACUCAAAAGAUUACAACAUCCUUCUUGUGUAGGCUGUGUUCUGCAGCACUGACCACUGUGGCUCAGCCACUGAGCCAUUCUGUUGUUGUGCACUAGGUCAUUGGUUUGACUCCUAAUCGCAAUGACUGCAUUUUGGUUUGGGAAGAAUGUAAAAGCAUUUAUGUGCUUACAUCUAGGGUGUACAUUCAAAAAACCCAGCUUAUCAUAAAAAUGAACCACAUUUCCCUCUAACUGCAUCUCUCAUAGCCCAGGUUUAGGGAACUAAACUAGAUUGGUUGUUACUGUGUUGACAAGUGAUCUAGUGACAUCGUCAGCAAGGGAUAAAUGUUGCCAUAUGAGAAAAAAAGGGGGGUCAUGUCAUAACAGGGCACAGCACGGCAAGUGUUGCAUAGGUGUGACACUUGUAGUGUGAUAGUUGUGACAAGUAAUGCAACGCUUGUGGUUUGAAAUGGGCAUGAGGGCAGCUUAUUUAAGAUAAUUUUUUCCAAAAUGUAGAAUCAGGAUUCUAGUGUUGCACAGCGCCAGAUUAUAAUGUUUGGUGUGCUUUCUUCUGGAGAUCUCAGUAGUCUAGCUUUGUACAGUGCUACAUGAUGAUACUGAACAUUCUUUUGUCUCAAAAUCUCACAGAUCUCACACUGAAGCAUUGUAUUAGGCUAUGAUAGGUGUUAGUUACAUGAACCUUGUAGCCUGUAAUUUUGUGCUGCGCACUGCAAAUUGAAAGAUGAGCUUGCGUUUCGCAGCCCACUCGCUCUUUUGAAGUGCUGCCUUAUCUUACCACACUGCAGGGGAGGCUUCUUUUUUUGCAUGUCAUUAUGUUUUAAGACCAUUUUCAUGAAUUGUUUGACUACGGUGUGAAAAAUUGCACCCAUUUUUUGGUGAAGCAUAACCUAGUGCAUAAUCUAGCCUAAGGCAAUAAAGGUAUUAUUUUUUGUUUGACAGUGUUCGUGGCUGCAGCUGAAUAAUGGCGUGGCCUGUUUCUAUACAUUCUUACAGUAGAUGAAUAUUCUAGGGUUGUAUAGGCAUGAUUUGUUACACACCAUCACAUGGCUUUCUUUUUCUUUAGACAUUUAUGUGGUAGGUAGAAAAUUAAAGAAUCUGGAAACAUGUUUCAUUGUCAGUGAUGGGCGAACAGUAUUAUAGGAGUGUGGUUAGAUUUUCCAGAGCUAUAUGAGCACUGCUGGCAGGCUUGGCAUUCUGUGCAGUUUGAACUCAACAUUUCUGCUCAUAGCCACGAUGGGGAACUCUCUGCUUAUCACUGAAAAGCUUAGUGCCACCUUGGCAAUUUGGAAGCUUAAGAAAACUGUGUGGAAUGGGAAGGGCAUGUCUGUUUCUCUCAUUUUAUUGAUCAUGAUGUGACCAGGGGCUGUGUUUUUGCGCAGUCACCCUUUUACAAAGCGUUGGUCUUGCCUUGCCUGCUUUAAGAAAGCAAAAAAUUCUGUAGCUAAGCUGAUGGUAAACACAUCUGAGAAGCUCUUCAUGUUUGCUUCACACCAAAGGACGACUCACUCUCAGACAAAGUUGUGAUUGACGGCAGCAGGUCUUUUCCUCAGUUAAAAUUGCUCACAAGCGUAGGAGCAUGCAUGUAAAUGACCUCUAAGAAAUUGUGAGCACUUUGCAGUAAUUACACUGUGCAUCAACAUAGUAGAAUUUAUGGACACUAAGACACAUUUUACUAAGAACAAGUUUGUGCAAGACUGUUCCAUGAUUCACUUCUUGCCAGUGCAUUAGACAUCAAAAUGAUGUCAAAUGAACAUUAGAAGGACGCAUGCCCACCUGCAGAUUUCUUUUGCCAUGUGCCUUCUUCUUUCUUUUUUUUUCUUUCCUGUUCCUGCUGAAAUGUGGGUGCUGAAAACGGUACAUCUGAAAAUGAUAUAUCCCAAAAAUAUGGCCCCUGAUUUUAUUGUCUGUCACACUGUAAAUCAUCAAAGUGUCCUUGAUCAUUCACUUAUAUUACCGAGUCUGUUGAGAGAACUUGUGUUUACCUCAGUGUGAAACUCUACUGCAUCACUUUUGCGCAAGUGUCUAAACUGUAGCUUUGACAUGCAUUUAAAGUUUACUUGAGGCAUGAAAGCAUGGCAUGAACCUCCGCAAGACAUGAACCUGCAUUCAGGCAGUGGCACACUGAUAAUCAAUAAUGUUGGCAGGCAUUUGCCAGAAAACUUGUUAGCGUAGUGAAUUUUUACUACUGUCACUUGCACACUCUAGUAGCACUUUGUCUUAGCAGUUGGGGCACAAUGACGUUUAAUGAUAGCUGUAACCAUAGCCUUAUUGUCCCUUUUAUAUCCAGAUUUCUGGCUUGUGAUGUUACCAGCUGGUUAAUAGCAAUCUAGGAACACCAUUACUUGCAAAAAUGUCUUUUACAGCUCAGCCUAGUACUGAAUGACUAUUGGCAUACGGUGUGAAGAUGAGAAAGAUGCCAAGAGAGAUUACUUGUGCUUAGCUACGUGAAGAUGUUGAAAAUGCCAAGACCACAUAGGACAGAGGGUUUUGCACAGUAAUGUUUUGCCACUUUUUCUUAAGAAGGUUUUGAGAGUGUGGCAGCACCUCUGUAUUCAGCGUAUUUGCAAGUAUAGUGGCCCUUCUUUUUUUUCCAGUAUUCCCAUCCUUAGAAAGAUAUCCUUUUAUAUUUGGGGCAUGGUUCCAAGUAUACCCCCCUCCCCUCGUUUUCCCUGUUUAGUGCUUAAAGAAAUGUAGUGAGCUCAGCCUUCAGACAGCAAAAUUCUACUGGAGCAUCGGCCUUUAGCUGGCAAGGCUAGGUCUGCAGAUAGGGAGAGCGUGAUGAAAUGCAGGGGAUUGAGAUGAGCUGGUGUCGGAAAGCUGUCCAGCAUCUCAAGGUCUAAUAGCUUGAUUCACUUCAGUGAUCAUUGCUGUGUCUCUUUCAUCAAGCACAACUGCCUCGGCACAUGCACAUUUAGUCCCUCUGUGUCCACGGUGCAUAUGAUGCUCUCGUUACAGCACUUUAAUAUACCAUGGUGGGUGACUUGCUGCUGUUAUGUGCGCCUGCGCAAUUUCCAGCAUAGGUGCAGGUGACUCUGCACAAGUAUGCUCCAAGGUGACAGGCCAUCCAUUGUGGUAUUCUGAAAGGCCUUAUUUCAAGCCCAUAGAUAUGAUUGCAUUGCCUAUUAUGCGGCAUUACAACCGUACUAGUAUACAUUCGUAUAUCAUUAAAAAUUUUUUUAGUGUCAAAAGUUCCUUCUUGCAUUAUAUAUAAUCGCGUGUGCGUUAUUUUCGUGCAAAUAUAGUAUUUGAACUUCAAAAAUGAUUCAUGGGGUUUUAUCUUUCAAAGGGAGAUUUGAGCUUAGCAUAUUUUAAUAUUUAACUAGCGUACUAGCAGUGAGCUGAAACAGGAGUAUAGAAAAGUACAUCCUGCCUAGCACAUGUGAGAGCUCCAACAUUAGGUUCUGUCAUAUCAUUGUCAGUUUCUUAUGCCAAAUUUUUGUUUUGCCAGGCCUUUUGUUUUCAAAUAAGCAUGUAGCCUCUGUCCUUUGAGAUUCCCUGCUUUUUCGGUCCCAAACUUUCUCUGCCUACAAUGUUACCAUUUGUAGUGAUAGUUUUCAGGCUCACCUGAACUUUUUGUUAGUCUAUUUUCAGUUUGACAUUGUCAGUCAGGAAGAAAGAAAAAUAUUUCCCUGUCAAAAGUUCUGUGUGAGUUACUGCAUUGCAUGUGCUAUUAUUUCUGCACAGGCAUUUUGUGUAAUAAAUUAAGGAAUUCUGCGUUGAAGUUCAUUGUACCUGCUGCAGUGGCUGUGUGGCUAGAGUGUCGUUCUGCUCAGCUUGGGGCAUACGCUUCAUUCCUCACCCUAGCAGCUGCAUCUCAGUUGGGACAGAAUGCAAGAAAGAUGUGCUCAUAUACAGGCACUCAUUAUGGAACUUAAUUGCUCAAGACAAGCCUGGAGUCCCUCAUUAAAGCAUUGUGCAUUCAUACUGCACAUUGGUGGGACAUGCAAACUUGUCAAUUAUCAAUUACUAAACCUAGCACACUAGUUUUUCCUAGCAAAACUUUGUAUGGUUUGCGAGGCAAGCACUCUAUUAGAGCAUUUGCGAAUAGCACGAGGAGCUAAGUGUACUUGAUGAGUUGGGUCUCAAUGUUUGGCUACUGAAGAAAUAGUGCUGGAGAAGUCGGUGGAAAUGUCUGCCAUUCGUAUCCAUUACUGCUGGUUCCAUAAAUGGCAGUGUUGUGCGUAUCAUUCUGUACACAUAAGGCAGACCUUGCAUACCUUGUGGUUUCAUCUUGAAAGUGGCAAAAAUUUAUUCGGCAUGGUAUCUAUAACUUCUUUGUGGGGCAUCCGCGCAAGAUAGCUGUGCAUAUGCAACUGCAAAGUGGCUGUUCUGGCGAUGGAAGAUAUGUGCGCACUAGUUUCUAUAUGCUGCUGCUUGGCCCCUUGGCAAGAGGUUUAAUGUAUUGCCUUGUCACACAUGUACCAAAGCAGGUCACUUUAAAUGAGGUACUGCAUGAAAUUGAGGAACAGGUUAACUGCUUACUCCCAACAGAGUUGUGUAUGCUGUAAAAUCAUUGCAGUAAGUUUUGUCACCACCUGCUACCAGUGAAUUUGGUGUAUAUGUAGCUUUUAUGGAAAUUUUAUGUAAAUCUCGCUGCAUUGCAUUUGUAAAGCUUUGGUAAGGUUGUGCAGUAAUGAAUGUUGUGGAUCUCAGUUUGCAACCAUUUAUAUAUAUACAUAUUAUUAUUAUUUUUGUGGCAACAUGAUUGGUGCAAUACCUGCUGAGCAGAAUUUAGCCUUGCUGGUGCCUCGCCAUGCAUGAGAUAUAUGAAAUUUGUAAGAGUGAAAGCAAAUACCAAUUUGUGUUUUGCAUGUUCAUACCCAAUUCCUGCUUGUGAUUUGAUUGUUUCUUAGAUACAGGAGCAGAAUAGAAAAGCAGUACUGUAGCACAAUGCUGCUGUGAUGAAGUCUUGUUUGUUCUUGUCAAUCUGUGUGGCAACUGAUUAGAUUGCAAUUGCAGUAAACUUUAGCGAUUGGCCCUACAGUGUGCCUAACAUCUUCAUUACGUAAGGUACACUUCUCGGGUGUAUUUUAUGUGUAUGCGUCGAUCCACGAUAUGGACCUUUGCAAUGCGCUAUUAUGCAUUUCAUGUUUACUACCACAGCAAAUGCUGAAGACAAGAUUGCUGACCACAAAAGUUAGUAUCAGGGUGGCCAAAUGAAGCUAGGCCAACGACCAGAUAACCAUUUCCAAAAAGGCCUAAGUGAGCAACAUGGUAUGCUCAUGUAUUGUCCAAAAAGGGCAGAAUGCUUCAUCCAAGCAACAGUAUAUGUUAAUAUAAUGGCAGUAGCCUAAAACAUUUAUAAGUGUCCCAGCUCUGCUUAUCAGAAACAUUGACGAAAGGUAGUAUUAUUUAUUGGUUAGAUUAGAAAUUAUCAGGAUGAGAGUUUUCGGGGCGCUGCAAGCAUACUUAAUAAAAGGUGCAUUAACAGUUCCGUCAUUCUGAGUUGCCUAAGAAAGUAAUAAGUGGAAAGAUGCAGAGAGAUGAGGAUAUAUGCCAAAUCGCCAUUUUUUAGAAACAAAUGACUGCAAACAUCCUAAAAAGCUGGUUUAAAAAUAACUGGAUACAUUCAGAAGAACAAAAACAAAUCCACCUAUAGCAAGCGUAACUGUAUGCCCUGAUUAGUAUAUUAAUUUUUCAGCUUUCAUGCAGUAGUUGUAACAUUAAUAUGCUACCUUUAAUGACGCUCAGGAUGUCACAACUUAGUUGACAUGCUACGCUAAUAUUGCCGUACUGUAGGUGUGUUUUACUGGAGUGCUAGUACGCAUGGAAAACAUUUUUGUGUAUAUAUUUUUUACCUUUUUGAAUACGGGUACUUAAAGCUUAUGAUGAAGUGCAGAAUUCCUGUAACAUCAGCUCAUCUCGUCUGGAAGUCUAACCCUAAUGUUUGACUCUUUUCAAGUACUGUACAAGUGUUAAAGCAGGGGCUCCUGAAGUGUAUAUUGAUUGGGGUGGAAGGGGGCUGGAGCUGGAGCUUGUUUCACCUAUACAAUAUUUUUGUUGUUACUGUGAAACCGAGGCUUAAUUUACUAUAGUGAAGAGGAAAUCACUCUCGGUGUUAGAGGGCAGGGGCAGUGCCACACUGUGAUGUAACCUAUGUGGGUAGACAGGAGGGGUGCUCGCGCCCACUGUUUUCCCCCAUUCCCCAACCCUGGUUCUGGAGCCUGUGUUCAAGCACUAGUUUGGUAUGGUCAUGCUAAGUUGUACCUGAAGUUAUCAAAUCAUCAUUAUAACAAUUUCCUGUGCAGCUGCAUAUUGAAAUUAUUUGUUUUUUGUGUAUUUUGUUCAGUGGGGAAUGUGGAAAGAAAUACUGAACUCUAAAAUUUGCAGGAAUUGUCUGGUGGUUUUGAACAUGGAAUAUAGCAACCUUAUCUGAUAGUUUGCUUUUUGCUCUAACCCGUGUGACCAAAUUAUGCUAUGAAAACAUGACAUACAGUCAGUGGAAGCAUAUGCUUUCUUGAAAUGCCUGUGAUGGAAGGGGUGUGUGAUGGCUGACCUAGACCCUCAGUGAUUCUGUAUUUAUGCCAGGUUUACCACUCACAUUCUCAUGUCGAUUGAGCCAAUUGGGCUUCUUAGGCACAUUUUGUAGCAUUUUACUUUUCUGGCAGUAGUCUAAACGCAUAUGCCAAUCAAUGAGCCCCGUAUGACCUCAUUUUGUAUCAGCCAAGCUGUAUGGCUUCAUGAUUCAUGUACAAAAAAAAAAAAGAACAUGGAAAUUUUGAUGGUAUGUUAAUGUCCGAAAAAAAAAAUGUCUUGUUUUAGACUCUGAGAAAGUCGAUGCAUUUUAAAUGUUGGAAUGUUUAUCUUACUGUCAGAGUGUCUUCUUAAAGGAAUGCCAAUGUGAAAUAUUGACUUAAUCCAGGCUACGUGAAUACCCUUUUAGAAAUCUCUCAAGGUUAAUUUGACAUUGAGAGAUGACUUUGUUGCAGAGGAAAUUGUGAUAGAGGCUACGCAAUUCCUUGGUGAUUCAAUCUGCCUGCUACAGCCAGAGCCAUUAAUGUGGGUAUCUUGCACUGCUCUGUUAGUCUUGUGAUUUGUGCUCUGGUGCAAGCUUCUAUCUGUUCUGAGUAAGAGGGUCCUGCAGAACCACUGUCUCGCAUAUAACAGCACCAGCAUUGGUUAUGUAGUUAUCUUACUUGAGAAUCCAAUUGGCCAAAUUUCAUUUUCUGUAGUGCUUAAAUGAAGUGGCCACAAUUUAUUAAUAACGGGGCAUCAGACAUCACAUGAAUUUUUACAUUGGCAGUGCCAAUCGUUUUUUACAAUCUUAUCAUUUUGUCGCUUAUUAAAGCUUUUUUUAUUGGUAAAAGUGACAUAUGGACAUUUCACAGUGCUAGUCUAUCAUUUUGUCUUGACUUAAUAUUAGUGUUUAGUGUCCCUUUUAAGUAAAAUGUAAACUAUUUGGACAGUAAACUGUGUUUAUGCAAGUACUCUUAUUAAAAUUACAGCAUGUUCCUUUUUGGGUUGUUGUAUGCCGCCCACCCAUCUUUAUUGAAGUUUUACUUUCUUUGAUAUUCGUUUACUGUCCCAUUUAUGCAAUUGUCAUGAGGGCCUGCUGCGAGUUAUGCACAAUUGCAUUUUAGUAACUGGUAUUCAAAGUGAAUGUUAAAGCUUGGAUGGUGCAAAGUUUUUCAAUAAAACCUUGCACAUUUUGUAAAGAGGUCUCGAGCGAGAAACCAGUCGCUUUUUCUCUUUUUCGUUUACUUCUGCCAUAAACUUUAGAUCAUAUGAAUUAUUACUGAAUACUUACAGUGUGUAUGUGCAUGCGUGUGCGUUUGCUUGCAUGUUUGUAUGAGAGAGAGAGAGAAAGAGGUAAGAGAUUGGUGACCGGUGUUGAUUCUAGUGUAAUAUUCUGGGGUAUUCACUGGAUUGCAGAACAUUUUCUUUUCUCUGUACGUCUAUAUGUAGUUCACGUACCUGAGAAGUUUGAGCGUGGCCUUAUGUAGUACACUAUGUUUUCAUUGUCAGGUAAGAUUAGCUCCAUGCUGACCUUGAUUGUUUAGUUGAUUCUCCCCCUUUUUUUUUUCACAUGACAUGACAAUUUGCAACCAUGCUGUAAAAAAUUAUGCAGCAUAUGAGCUAGUCUUCAGUUUUACUUCCACACAGACAGACAUUACUCGCAAAAGUGUAACUAACAUGUUGAAUACUUUUGUUGUUAGGAGGACAUGGCCAGUCCAAUCCACCUUGUAAAUGCUGUGGAUGUGGUCAUUUGUGCUGCACUACUUCUCGUUGUGUAUUUUUCAGCUCAUGCCGACUGUUUGCAGAGAUUACCAGAUAAGAGUCUCCUUCCUUUUAUGGAUCCAUUUUUGUGAUUAUUUAAUACAAAAAACAGGCCAAUACUAAUGGGUUGAUUGUGCCAUUGGAAAUGAUGGUGCUUCAGCUGUGUGGUUAUGAAACUGUGAUUUUUUUCUCUAUGUGUGUAGUUUACUUGCAGGGUUUGUCUUGAGAAGGCUUGGUUACGUAGUGUGAAACUUGCUGAUGGGACGUUGAUGCAGUUAGUGGUGAACUAUGGUUGAGGGUUCCAGUAGCUUGCACUGAAUCGUGUACGCAGUGAAUGCUAUGCCUGAAUGUUUGAAUUUGAAUUGAGUUAAUGCACUGGCACAAAGCAGAAUCUGGUUGGUUAUAAAAGUGAAAAAUUGGUUUGUUUGCACCUUGUCUUGAUUACUGUAUUGAACGUUUCUCAGAGCAACAGUGCUAUUUCUGAUAUUGUUCUUUUUGCAAACUGCUUAAGCUUGUAUGGUGCCUGCACUUUUUCUUUUCUGGAGGAAUUGAGAGAGACAGAUGUAUAUGACACAUGUAUGCAGCAUGUGAUGUGACGUGUGAGAAGAAUGUUUUGAACAUCAAAUAAAUCUGCACGGCAUUUGUUGCACUACUA